GAUGUUUCAUUUUGUCUCUACAGGUUGCAGUGUUGUUAUUGCCUCUCGUAAAUUUGACCGAUUAAAAGCUGCUGCAAAAGAACUGAAUCAUACAUUUUCUUCCAUGAGUCCUGCCAAAGUGACUCCCUUACAGUGCAAUAUCCGCAAUGAAGAUGAGGUAGAAGCUUUGGUGAAGUCUACACUAAGUCUGUAUGGGAAGAUUGACUUCCUGGUGAAUAAUGGAGGGGGCCAAUUUGCAAGUCCUUCUGAAGCCAUCCGUGCAAAAGGCUGGAAUGCUGUGAUAGACACAAAUCUGACAGGGACCUUCUACUGCUGCAAAGCAGUGUACAAUGCCUGGAUGAAGGAACAUGGAGGAGUCAUCGUCAACAUUACUGCUACCGUGAGAAAUGGGUUUCCUGGAAUGUCGCAUUCAGGAGCUGCAAGAGCUGCAGUGAAUAACCUAACGAAGACUUUGGCUUUAGAAUGGGCCCACAGUGGAGUAAGAAUCAACAGUGUUGCUCCUGGACUAGUUUUUUCAGAAACUGCUGUUGCGAAUUAUGGAGAACAAGGUACAGUGAUGUGGUUAAAGAGCAUACCAAAGAUUCCUGCCAAGAGGCCAGCGGUUCCUGAGGAGAUCUCUCCUGUAGUGUGUUUCCUGCUAUCUCCAGCUGCUUCUUACAUAACUGGGAUAACCGUGGCUGUGGAUGGUGGCCAAAGUUUAUAUAGCCAUGCCCUAGAGAUACCUGAUCAUGACAGAUGGUCCUCGCCACCAGCAGGAAAAAAUUCUGAAAUGCUUAGAAAGCUUCUUUCUGGCAAGUUCAAGCCAAAGCUGUAA